CACCCGACCCAGCCAACACUCGCCGUCUCCCUGUCCUCUCUCCCUCCUUCCCUCCUCCUUCCCCCUCUUCUCAACAAAAACAACAACCAACAACCAACCAACAACCAACAAAACCAAACCAACAAGAUGACCACUAACCCACCUCCAACACCUUCAACCUCCAGCUUCAACUACCAAAACCCAUUCAGCUCAUCAACCCGCUCAUCAACCACCACCACCCACACCAUGACAACCACUACCACCUCAGCCUCAUCACACACCUCACUCAACCAACACCAGUCUGCAAACCUCUCAAUCGACAUGCCCAUCGCCACCUCAUCCGUCGUCAACAAGACCGCCAACAGAUCCGCUUCACUCUACCAGAACUGUCUAGAAACAAGAGCACUACUCAGAAGAGUACCCGGAUUCGAAGCUGGCCCCUGGAUCACCGAAACCAAGAACCCAAACAGCUUACUCUCUGAUUCACCAACCGACCCAAACACCCCUCAUUCAAAACACUCCUCAAAUCCACUCGAUCCAGUCACUCAGACACUCGAAAUCUUCAGACUAGGAUCCCCACUCUGCUUCCUCUACAAUGCCAUCCUCAACCCCCCACUCUCCCCACCCGAGCUGGCUAAUCUACCUCCACUACCCCCCGGAAAGACCUGGCAGAACCUCAAACCACUCAAAGUACUCUGGUGUCCCCGUGAGGACCUCAAAGGAUGCCAGAAAUCCGCCGCACACUUCAUCAUGGCCCUCAAGACCGAACUAGGCUGGGGAACUGAAAUCGAUGAGAUCCAAGAGAACGGCUUGAUGGUCAACAUGCUCUAUGACGUCAACACUAAUGCAACCGUCAAAGUCAUCUCCAACGUACUCAGACUACUACAUCUACUCAAAGCAUUAGGCGUACUCCUACCGCCAUCAGAGGAUGAACUAGUACCUCACAGUAACGAACUCAAUGUGGCCAUGGACGAUCGAGCUCGAGUAGUCAAAGAAAUCCUCGAGAGCGAACGGAAAUACGUUCAAGAUCUAGAGGUCCUCCAGAACUAUCAACGAGCACUCCUCCAACGAGAGAUCCUACCCUCAGAUCAGAUUCGUGCACUCUUCAUCAACCUCGACUCCCUCGUUGACUUCCAGAGACGCUUCCUAAUCGGCGUCGAAGCCAACGCUCGUUUGCCACCCGACGAACAACGCUUCGGUCAUCUCUUUCACUCCUUCGAAGAUUCCUUCUCAUGCUAUGAACCCUUUUGCGCUAAUUUUGCCUCGGCCAGUCAACUGGCCCAGGAUGAGAAUGCUGCCCUGACCAAAUUGGCCGAUAUACUCGAUCCAAAUUAUGAACUGCCCACCUUCCUGAUCAAACCAGUUCAAAGGAUAUGCAAAUAUCCUCUACUCCUUCAGCAAUUGGUCAAACACACAAGUCCUAACGGUGCCUACUACGAUGAACUCAAAGAAGGUCUCGCUUCGAUCACUCGUGUUACCGAUGCCGUCAACGAGACCACCCGACAGCGUGAGAACGAACUGGCAGUAAAUGAUCUCAAGGAGCGAGUGGAAGAUUGGAAGGGACACGAACUGGUGACCUUUGGUCAACUGGUACUCGAAGAUACCUUCACGGUUGUCAAGAACGAGAGCGAACGGGAGUACCACGUCUAUCUCUUCGAGCGGAUAAUCCUCUGUUGUAAGGAGGUCGGCGUUAAGCUCGAUAAGAAAGCCAGCAAACAGUCGAUGAGCCUCAAGAAGAACAGCCAGAUCAACAACUCUAAUGUCAACGGUGGCAAGCGGAAAAAUACUCAACAACUCAAAGGUCGGAUAUUUAUCGCUAAUGUUAUGAGUGCCACCCCUCGUCCGGUCCCACCUGGUUCUCCUCAUCACCACCAGUAUCUUCUGCAAGUGACAUGGCGGGGCGAUAUAUCAGAAGAAUACUUUUCGAUCAAAUGUCGAACAGAGGAACAGCUCAAGAAGUGGCAGGCUGCGAUCACCAAGGCGGUUGAUGAUGCAGUCGAACGGCGGCGGCGACAAGUCCAUCAUCUAUCCUCAGGAUCCCGUUCAAAGAUGAACAGCCCACUGUCCCAAUUCCCGAAUACACCCCAAUCGGAGAUGGGUCAGCCACCCAAUUCAGCCAGCUAUCAGCAUCAUCCCGUCUCCCAUCCCCCUCGGAUCCCGGAGCAUCCCUAUGCCCAUUCGGGCCAUGGAAACGGGGGCGGGUCGAUCAGUAGCCGGACGUUUGAGGACGAGGAGGAGAGCUAUCAGACAGAUGCGGAGAGUUCGGUGAAUGGACGCAACACACCUUCGGGUAGCCGGCGGACGACGGGUCAUCGGUCGAUGCCGGCAGAACGCUCGGAGGCCUCGUUUGGCCCUGGCCGUGCACGAGCACAGACAGACGAUGCAGCAUCGGCUAAUCUCGCUCAGUGGCGUAACCAGAUGCCCAACAGUGCAAUCCCCCCGGUGCCCCGUUCGGGUCAGCUGACCCCAGCUAGCAGUGACGCUUACCUGCCCAACUCGCUUCGCUCGUCCACAUCGAGUAAGCCCCUACGUCAUCAGCCUAGUCACGAAUGGGGUGCGGGGACGAUCAACGGGUCGAACUUCUACCGGGUCGAUGACCGUUCCCAUCUUCCGACCUCAGGUCCUUCUGGCCAUCCUCUCCAUGCCCGCCACAACGAGCCACAACUGUUACCAUCAAAUAGCACCGGGGUGCCUAUGUUUAGGAGUCGCUCGGCUAGCUCGCCUAAUAUUCAUCAGUCCCCAGACUUCUCUCAGCAGUGGAAUUCGGGCCUCCUCAAUCCCGUCCCUUCAGUCCCUUCCCUUCCCUCUGGUUCUCACUCUUCUUCGUCGACCUCUAGACCGGCCUUGCCUCUCCAUAAUCAGGUCCAAAUCGGGGGCCAUAUCAAGCAACGCUCUAGCGACUCAAGUGCGGCUGCGUUGACAGAUCGGUCUUCAACGGAGAGCCAACGGCUAUCAGGAGGAGUAGGAGGUGGGAAUGGGGUAGGAGGCAGGAGCAAUCUGCCGCUGUCCAACCCGAUGGCCCAGACUGCACAUGGGGGGCCGCCGGCGGGCGGAGGAGGGCUGAAUCCGCGAUACUCGUCAGGCCAGGCCGGCCUGACGGGCCAUUCGGCGGCCAGCUCGUUGAUCACUUCUCGGAGCAGUGGCAGUUUAGUGGUUGUCCAAGGGGGUUCUGAAGGGGUCGGCGGCAGUCGAUAUGGGGCGGCCGAUCAGCUGGUCGGAGGAAGCCAUCCAUCGAAGCCUCUUGGAGGAGGAGGAGGGUCUUCGUCGACUUCAUCGACCAUGAAGUCCUCCCUCACCGCCACCCACAACCCCAAUAAUAAUAACAACAACAACAACGGGCCGACGUCGAUCAGGUUUAAGUUGAGAGCGGGCGAGGACACAUAUGUGAUCGUGACCCUCUCCACAAUCACCUACCACGAACUGAUCGAGAAGAUCUACAAGAAGCUCCGCAACUGUGGGGUCUAUAAGGACUCCUCGGCCCGCUUGAAGAUCCGCUACGAGGACGAGGAGGGCGACCUCAUCCUCAUCUGUAAUGAUGAGGACGUCUCAAUGGCCAUCGAGUGGAUGCGCUCCGUCGGCAUCUCUCAUCUCUUGCUCUUCGUCGAUUGAGCUCGUCCCUCCUUCUGCUCCUGCUUUUUCUUUAGUUUGCUCUUCUUAGUCUUUCUCUUUUUUUUUAUAUCUUCGUCAUCAUCUGUUCUGUUCUGUUCUCUAUCUUUUCUCUCUCUCUCUCUUCUAUAUUUCUUUCUCAUUCAACCUUUCUGUCUAUCUUUAUCUUUCUUUCUCCUUUUCUCUCUCUCUCUCUCCUUCUCUCUCUCCCUCUCUCUCUCUCUCUGUCUCUCCUUCUCCCCUUCAGUUUCUUCAAAAGAAAUAUCUCUUGUUUUCGAUGUGUCAUGUAUUCUAUUAUUAAUUCAACCUUUAUUAUUAUUUAUUUAUUCAUUAUCAUCAUCUCCUCCAUCAUCAUCAUCAUUUUUUUUUCAUUCUCGUUGACCAACUUCCAUAACAAACCCACUCACACACACAUGGGGGGGGGGGGUUCUUUCAUACAUACCAUACACAU